AUGCGGUCCAUAUACACUCUCUUUCUUUGCUUCUUUAUUGGUAGUCUAAUAAAGACAAACAGCAGUUCUGGAGUCGUCGUUGCUCUAUCGUCGUCGUCCGAACAUUUGCCAACCGAAUGUCAUUUGCAACCCACCACCGUUCCACCUCUGUUGGACGUUCCAACCUACAGUCUGGCCACGUAUUGUCACAAGAAUGGCGGCCAAACGGGCAUGAACAUUUUGACCUAUGCGUCUCCCAUUAGCAUUCGACCGGAUCGCAUUUGGGCUCUUGGACUCUACAAGGGAACCUGGACCCACGAGCAAUUUGUUUCCAGUGGUGAAGGUGUCUUGCAACUGUUGGCACCAAAACAUGCCACACUAGUCAAGGUAUUGGGAGGGUCUUCCACCCGAGAUGUGAACAAGCAAGAAAAAUGUGCCGGGUUGGGGAUGCCAUGGAUUCCAUUUUCAGCAGAAACCAAUAAUGACGAGGAAGAAUCGUCGUCGAUUCAAGUAUUGCCUGGCUGCGUUCACUAUUUAAAAGUUCGGCUGGUGGGUGAUUUGAUUGAUUGCGGCUCCCAUGAUUUGGCCAUGUGCAAGGUGGAAUCCAUGUCUGUACCUUCUGGCGAUGUAGGUGGAGGUGAUGACGAUACCAAACAAGCGUUAAUGACCUCGCAACUGAGGGAAAUGGGAAUCAUUACGGCACAAGGACGAGUUGCCGAGGACUAG